ACCUUUUCGACAAUAUUUGCGUCUCUCGAAAACACAUCUCCUGGCACGCCAGUUAGCCCUCAGAAGGCUGACUUGCCGGAACUUUCCAAUCCCACCGUCACCCUGCCAGUCGCUGGCUCUGGGAAUAUGGAGUCCGACACCACUUCACCUGGGCCAGAAUCGCCAAUUGCACAACCUUCCACAGCCCCUUACGCCGUGAGCAAUGGUGAAGCAGUCUCGCCGAAGGGUCCAUCGAAGUCCGGCACCAAAUCCGUUCAUUUUGAUUCUACCUGUCAGGAACCAGCCACUAGACGUCCACCACCGGAUGCUUGGAACGAUUGGAGUGAAGAUGAAGAGGAGGAAGAAGAAGAAGUUAAGGCUCAGGGAGAGCAGACUAUAGAGCACAACGACGAAGUGAUCUCAAAUUCUGUGGCGAAAAUUUCGCUUAACGACUCUGGGGCUGCCGCGACGGGUGCCGCAACGAAUCAUCAGCCUGAUUUGCCUACACUGAGCACUGCGGUAAGUGCGCCAACUUUCGUGGCGCGUGCGCUAAUUAUGUUAAGAUGUCGAUGCACUGUUCUUAUUGAAAAGUACAUUUUUCAACGGGCCGAACGACAAAAAACGGUAGCUCUGCGCAAACCUACCUAA